UGUUCGGGUUUAUCAUUUUCUUAAAUUUAUUUAUAUUUUCAUUAAAAAAAAAAAACAGAGACCACGGGAAAGAAAUCGACAAAGAUAGUCACCCUCUCUCCUCUCAUUACCUUCGGUUUAUCAAAUACAAAUACAAAUACCCUGUUUUGUUUUGUUUUAUCAUUCUCAGAAAAUCUCCCCUCCCCAAAAAUCCCAUCCAUCCAUAAAUUCCCCUUCUCCUUCUCCACUCUCUCUCCUCUUUCAUCCUUCACCUUCUUCCUCCUCCUUCUUUCUCUCUCCUCCAAGCUUUCUCUCUCCUCCAAACAUGUCAGGAAGCGGCGUCGUCACCGUCUAUGGAAACGGCGCAAUCACCGAAACCUCCUCCAACAAAAAAUCCCCCUUCUCCGUCAAAGUCGGCCUCGCCCAAAUGCUCCGCGGCGGCGUCAUCAUGGACGUCGUCAACGCCGAACAAGCCCGCAUCGCCGAAGAGGCCGGCGCUUGCGCCGUCAUGGCCCUCGAACGAGUCCCCGCCGACAUCCGCGCUCAAGGCGGCGUCGCCCGCAUGUCCGACCCCCAACUCAUCAAGGACAUCAAACGGGCCGUCACCAUACCCGUCAUGGCUAAAGCCCGAAUUGGGCACUUCGUCGAAGCCCAGAUUCUGGAAUCCAUUGGUGUCGAUUAUGUCGAUGAAUCCGAGGUUCUAACCCUAGCUGAUGAUGAGAAUCACAUCAACAAGCAUAAUUUCCAGAUCCCUUUUGUUUGUGGUUGCCGGAAUCUGGGUGAAGCUCUUCGCCGGAUUCGAGAAGGUGCGGCGAUGAUUCGGACCAAGGGUGAGGCGGGUACUGGGAACAUUAUCGAAGCGGUUCGACAUGUGAGGUCUGUAAUGGGUGAUAUUCGAGUGCUGCGAAAUAUGGAUGAUGACGAGGUUUUCACUUUUGCUAAGAAGAUUUGUGCACCGUAUGAUCUAGUGAUGCAGACGAAGCAGCUCGGGAGGCUUCCAGUGGUGCAUUUUGCUGCGGGUGGUGUUGCGACACCGGCCGAUGCAGCGUUGAUGAUGCAGCUUGGGUGUGAUGGUGUGUUUGUCGGGUCUGGAGUCUUUAAGAGUGGUGACCCGGCGAGGCGGGCGAGGGCGAUUGUGCAGGCUGUGUCGCAUUACAGUGAUCCGGAGAUGUUGGCCGAGAUCAGUUGUGGGUUGGGUGAAGCAAUGGUUGGGAUUAAUUUGAAUGAUGAGAAAGUUGAGAGGUAUGCUGCUCGUUCUGAGUGAAUCAAUCAAUGUUACAGUUAUAAAGAAACAAUAAUUUAAAGGCAGAGUUUAUGUUUUGUUUUAUUUUUAUUAAUUUUUUUAGUGAUUAGUUUUAUGUUGUUUUUGGAUUUGGAAUUCAUAUAGUAGUUUAAAAUUGGAAAGGAAUGAUAAAAACCAUAUGAUGUUGUUAUUCAGCAUUUUCUAAUGAAAUGAAUUGGUUUUAUUUUUUCCUGAUUC